CGUUCCCUGAGGCAGCUCGCUCGGCCGUCGAUCCUCCAGGCGGUCACGGUGGUCACCAGCAUCCAGCGACGCGCAUAUAACCACCCCCGCUACGUGCUCGUCGUCCGAACACUCCCAACAAUGUCGGGCGCACUACACGGAGCGCGUGCGGCCCUCCACCUCCCGCGCUCGCUGCCCGCCCGCGCGCUGAGUACCUUCACCUACACCGACCUCCCCGCUCUCCCGCUGUCUGCGCCUCCACCACAGAGCGAGGACAGCGCCUUCGCUGCGCGCGUCGCAGCCGUCGAGUCGUUCUUCGCGCUCCCCCGCUUCGCCGGCCUGAGGCGGCCCUACGCCGCCGCGGACGUCGCCUCGAAGCAGGGCUCCAUCCCCCCGCUGCCCCUCCCGUCCGCGCUCACGGCGGACAAGCUGUGGAGGCUCUUUGACGAGAGGAGCAGGGAGGGAAGCCGGUGGCAGGAGGUGGUGUACGUGAGUGGGUGGGCGUGCAGUAGCUUGCUGACGACCGCUAGCAACGAGGUUGGACCGGACUUGGGUGACUAUCCUUAUACGACCGUGCCGAACCAGGUCGAGCGGCUAUUCCGCGCGCAGCUGCACCAUGACCGCAAGCACUACGACGAGCGCAUCGAGAUGGGUGCAGAGGCACGGGCGAAGACACCUUACGUUGACUACCUCCGGCCUAUCAUCGCGGAUGCAGACAUGGGACACGGCGGCCAGUCAACCGUCAUGAAGCUCACCAAGCUCUUCGCCGAAGCCGACGGCGCCUCCGCGAUCCACUUCGAAGACCAGCUCGUCGGCGGGAAGAAGUGCGGGCACCUCGCGGGCAAGGUGCUCGUCCCGACCUCGACGCACAUCGCGCGCCUCACCGCCGCGCGCUUCCAGCUCGACCUCCUCCAGCACCCGAUGCUCCUCGUCGCGCGCACGGACGCCGAGUCCGCCCGCCUCAUCUCGAGCACCGUCGACGUCCGCGACCACCCCCACAUCCGCGGCGUCGCCGCGGAGAGCAGGGCCGAGCGCCGCGGGCUCGCGGAGGCCGUCGAGGAGGCGGAGGCGCGCGGGGCGGGCGCGGCGGAGGUGGGCAGGGUCGAGAGCGAGUGGCUGGAGAGGAACAAGCUGGUGACGUUCGAUGAGGGCAUCCAGCGGAGCAGCAUCCAGGACAAGGAGACCGCCCUCCGAGGCUACAGAGCCGCCGCGGACGGCAAGUCGAACGCCGAUGCGCGGGACAUCGCCAAGGACAUCCUCGGCGAGCCCGUGUUCUUCGACUGGGACCUGCCGAAGACGCGCGAGGGCUACUACCACUUCACGGGCGGCAUCGAGGCCGCGAUCAAGCGCGAGCUCGCGUUCGCGCCCUACGCGGACAUGAUGUGGCUCGAGACGAAGAAGCCGGACCUCGAGCAGGCGCAGGGCUUGCGCGUAGGAUCCGGGAGAAGUUCCCCGGCAACGGACGCUCAUGUCUGCGUUGCAGAUGGUUCGUGUAUAACCUCAGCCCGAGCUUCAACUGGUCCGCACAGAACUUCGUCUGGGACCUCGCUAAGGAAGGCUUCGUCCUCCAGCUGAUCUCCCUCGCCGGCCUGCACCUCAACGCCGCGGCCACCGCCGAGCUCGCGCAGCGCUACCACGCCGACGGCAUGCUCGCGUACGUCGAGCUCGUCCAGCGCAAGGAGAAGGCGCUCGGCUGCGACGUGCUCACGCACCAGAAGUGGAGCGGCGCCAACUACGUCGACCGCAUCCUCACCACGCUCUCCGCCGGCUCUCCAGCACGUCGCCAUCGGCAAGGAUUCGACGGAGCACACCUUCUGAGCGCACUCACGCAGCCGGACUGGAAGGUCCGACGCGUCAGUGACGGCGGGUCGGGGGGGAGCAUCUACUAUGGUGCACACGCACAUGACGUUGGUUUGGUCGGAGCC